AUGGCUGCGCCAGCUUCGGCGGAGACAAGCAACAGACGACCUUGCUAUACACUAAUCCAUUGCGCUCUCUUAAGUCGUGACGACCGAGCAAUGACAUUACAAGAGAUCUAUCAGUGGAUUCAACACAACACUGGGGAAGAUACAACUCCAUCUCCGUCAACAAUUCGCUACAAUCUCAGCACGAAUAAGGUGCGUCUAAAGAUUGCGUACAUCUACGCAGCGAUUUCGUCCGGCGAGAGUUUUUUUCCCUUUUUUUCUUUUUUUUUUACUUUUUCGGCGUCACUUCUCAUGGUGGCUUGA